AUGCCUUAUCAGACUGAAAACACCACUGUUGCACAGACUGGUCUAGUCGACUCUGACAGCCCUUAUCAUCUUCAUUCUUCAGACACACCUGGGAUGAACCUUGUAAAUGUAGUCUUUGAUGGGAAAUGGAGAAGGUAUGUUCUUAUCUCCUUUUCAACAAAGAAAAAGUUGGGGUUUAUCAAUGGGGUUGUUAAGGCUCUAGAUCAGAACUCCACUAACUUUGAACAAUGGAGUUGUUGCAAUGACAUGGUCAUUGCUUGGUUAUUAAACUUAUUGUCUAAAGAUAUUAAGGACAGUGUGAUUUUUUCAAAAACAGCCAAAGAGCUUUGGGACAGUCUUGAACACAGAUUUGGGAGGUCAAAUGGUGCCAAGCUGUUUCACCUACAAAAGGAACUGAGCAUGUUAGUGCAAGGAUCUAGUAAUAUUUCAACCUAUUUCACAAAGAUCAAACGGAUAUGGGAUGAAUUAGACACUUUAAACUCAGAUAUAGCCAGAGGAAACAUUUUAAUGAUGAAUCUUUUGCCUGAAAUGGAUUAUGCCUAUUCUUUGCUUUUGCAAGAUGAAAACCAAAGGGAGAUUUAUGCUAAUGCUCAACUACACAUAGAUCCAGUUUCAUUCAUGAACUACAAAAGUGGAAAUCAAAGCCAAAGAUUUGGGAACUAUCCUCAAAAACCAGGUGGUGUUGCUGGACCAGCAAGGUUCAAAGGGAAGAAACUAAAAUACAACCCAAAAGUUAGAUGUACUAAUUGUCACAAAACAGGACAUGUUGAGUGUGAUUGUUGUAAGAUCAUAGGGUUUCCUGAGGAUUUUGUUUUCACUAAUCAAAAGGGAUAUCAAGGACAAGUAAAAGCAAAUGCAGCAAUAGGUGGUGAGGAAAGUCCAAUCAAUCAUGAGGAACUAAAUGAUUUGCAGAACAACAAUCAACACUUCAACUCCAACAACCAGCAUUUCAAAUCCAACAAUCAACAUUUCAAUCGCAACAAUCAGCAUUUCAGUCCUAACAAUCAACAUUUCAGCAGGAAACAAUGUAAAGAGAUCACACACAUAUUUAAACAACUUCAAAUGGAACAAGGAGGAGCGUCUGGAUCAGGAAUCAAUGCAAAUGCAAUUGCUGGUACUAUUUUGAAAUACCCAGGAUCUUGUUUUUCUGUUUAUCACUCUAAAACAUGGAUUAUAGACUCAGGAGCUUCAGAACAUAUGUGUUACAAUUCACACUCCUUUUCUUCCUUAAUUUCACUUCCUGCUCAUAUGCACAUCAGUCUUCCUAACUCUUUUAAAAUUUGUGUCACACAUACAGGAAGUGUACCCAUCUUGCCCAAUCUAACCCUAAACAAUGUGCUUCAUGUCCUAGAUUUCAAAUAUAACUUACUCUCAGUAAAUAGAUUGUGCAUUCAAAUUGACAGUAUUAUCUAUUUUACAACUAUUAAGUGUCUGUUGCAGGACCAUUCUUUGAAGAAGGUAGAAGUUUUUGGUGAAGUUAAGGAGGGGCUUUACCUACUGCAACCUAGAGUUUCAAGUCCUAAGUCUAGUCAAAAUGUUUUUAAUUUUCAAGAAGGAAGAAAUUCCAGUCAUGUUCCUAGUUCUCUUUCUCCAGUUUGUGCCAAUACUGUUUCUGAUGUAAAGCUUUGGCAUUUUCGCAGAACUUCUAGACAUCCAGGUUGGAAUCAGGCUAUGGAUUCUGAAUUAGAAGCUUUACAACUAAAUCAAACCUGGGAUGUAGUUAAACUGCCUCAAGGGAAGAAGGCUUUGCCUUGUAAAUGGGUAUACCAGGUUAAGCACAAAUCAGAUGGGACCAUUGAAAGGUUAAAAGCAAGGUUAGUUGUAAGGAAUGAAACCUUUUCACAUGUGGUCAAAAUGACCACAAUCAGGUGUCUAUUGGGUGUGACUAUCAAAAAGGGAUGGACAGUUUCUCAACUUGAUGUUAGUAAUGCUUUCUUACAUGGAAAUUGA